AUGACCACCUCAUUGUGCCUGGGCCAAGCUGUGCGUGGCCAAAAGGGUGUGUAUACUAUUGUUAGGCACCUGCAGGACACGGUCUACCUUGCUAGAAAUGCAAAGGACGAGACCGUCAUUCUCAAAAGCGUCAACCACUUUCGUCUGCAAAAUGAGCGUGACGUCCUCAGACGUUUCCAGUCUCGCACUCCGUUUAUACGCCCUAUAAUUGAUGAGAUAGUCGAACCCUCUCACCCUCCGACGCUUGUCUUGAAACACUUGGACGAUCACCUUUUGCAUGCGUCCAUUGCGCAGCGCCUUACCCGGCAGGAGGUCAAGUACGUGGCAAAGGGUGUAUUAGAAGCCCUAAAGGUCUUGCAUCAAGCCAACUACGUUCACACUGAUAUAAAACCGGACAAUGUGCUUGUCAAUUAUGGGGCCGAUGAUGUGCGCUUUGCCGAUGUCCAACUGGCAGACUGUGGAAGCACUGUCCCUGCGGAUUCAGGUCAUGCCAGAGAUGGUGACUUGAUCGGUGCCCCUAUCUGGAGGAGUCCAGAAGCCCAGCUACGGAUUGGCUGGGGUCCCCCAACGGAUAUUUGGUCUUUCGGCGCCAUGGCCCGACGUCCCCGUCGAUCACGAGGAGUACGAAUUCAGAAUCCUCCAGAGGCAAUGCGAGUUCUUUGGGCCCUUCCCUUUGACAUAUCGCGAGAUUUGCCCCGAGGAGACCCUAGGUUUGCUGGUGUAUAUCAUGCAGAGUAUCCCACCCGAGAAAAAGAAACCGUUCUCACGUAUCUCAGUGGCGGAACUAUGCAGGGAGGACCAAGACUUCAUACUAAGGAUCAUGAAGCUCGAUCCAAGGGACAGGCCGUGUGCCAUGGAGCUCUUAGAAGAUACAUGGCUCACCAAUUGUGGUGCUACUGA